AUGGAUAAUGUGAUAUCUGAAAAUUAUGAAGACGAAGGGGAGAUUUGUGAGAAAAUUACUAUAAUUACAAGACAGCAGAGUCAUUUUCAAGAUCAAGAUUCAUAAUUAGGGAAUUAGAUUCCUGUCCGAUCUAUAAAAAGUUGCAGUCCUUAAUAUUCUGAUAAUUUUGAAUGGGGAAACGACAAGUGUAGGGUAUCAUUUUUCGAAUGCAUGCGACUUGACAAGAGAAAAACAACUUCGGUAUAUCGUCAAACUUAAGAAUCUGUAUCGUAUAGUCUUAAAGGAGAAAUGAAUGCAUUAAUCUAUUAUAAAUUGUUUGAUGAUGAAUGCAAAUAUAUUGUCAAGGAAAUCUCUGAAAACUUAAUGGAAUUGAAUUGCAAUAUAUAUUUAGAGUAGAAAUAAUUUGAUGAAAUUGCAGAGCUAACUCAUACUAAUAGACUUUUUGUUUUCAAUAAGGAAUCAAUACCUUUAAUUGCUUUGAUUAUUGUAGUUGGAGGAGACGGAACUGUACUUUAUGCGUUGAGACAAUUUUAAGGAUCAGAGCCUCCCCCAAUUUUGGCAUUUUAGAAAGGAACCUUGGGUUUCAUGUGUGUUUUUGAUUUAAAGGAUAAAUAUAACAUAUUAUCACAAUAGAUUGGACAUUUUAGAACUGCAGGGUAAUUUAUUGUUGAGAGAAAACUAAGACUUAAGGGUUGUCUUAAAUAAGCAGGGCAACAAUAAUUUGAAUAUCAUGUUUUAAAUGAGUUUGUAAUAUCUCGAGGAGCAAACCCACAUUGUUUAUACAUUGAAAUAUACAUUAACAACGUGUUGUUAACUGUUGCAUCCGGAGAUGGAAUUAUUGUGUCUACUCCAACUGGUUCAACAGCAUACUUUUUGUCAGCAGGAGGUCCGAUCAUCCAAAAUGAGGUAUCCUCAAUAUCUAUUGCUCCAAUUUGUCCUUUGUCUUUAUCUUUUAGACCUAUAGUAUUGCCUACAUGCCUUUAGAUAACAAUUAAAUUAGCAAAUUAAUGCAGAGCUAACGGAUUUAUUUGUGCUGAUGGUCAAGCAACAAUUGAAUUCAGCAAAGACAUGAUAUUCGAAAUAUAAUAAUCUGAGAAUUCUGUUAGCAUUAUCCAAGACAAAUCAGAUAUUGAUUACAACGAAUGGAUAGUAAAUCUCAGAAAGAAAUUAGGAUGGAAUAAGGUAUUUACUGAGCAAAAGAAAUAAAAAUCGAAUUUAUGA